CCCUCUCUUAGCCCUGACCCGGUAGUCGACCGCGGACCGCGUUGCGAGUCUCGGAGACGCGGUAGAAGGAGACCUGCUUCCGGGACUUGUCCAGGCGCCUCCGACUCUUCUCAGACGCCGACGGGCACGAGGUUUGGCUCCCAGGUGUCUUGCCUGCCAGACCCGCGGUAGCGCGUGACUUUGCGCUCGGCUCGGCCAGUUUUGCUAGGGCCGUCUGGCGAGCCACACCAAUUGCCAAUUUUUGGUAUCGCCAGGAUUCGGCGGCUGUGAAACUGAUUUCCGGUCGCUAAGGUCUCCAUGGAGACAGCACUUUAACCCCUUUCUCCCACUGUCAUUCCUGAACUCCACGUGGUUCAGAAAUCGCCCAGAGAAUGUUUGUGGGAGUCAGCCAGGAAGGUGUAGAGUGAAGCAGCGUUCUAAAGGGAAGCAAAAUCAGUACAUGGUGGUACCUCCUGUUAGUCUAACAAGUCACUGAGUGACUACUGUUAAUUCUAUUUAAAAUGGGUGUAAAGAAGAAGAAAGAAAUGCAAGUUGCUGUGUUGACCAUUUGCCAUCAGGACCUUGAAACUUUGAAAUCUUUUGCUGAUGCGGAAGGGAAAAAUCUAGCUUCUUUGCUGUUACGUUGUGUACAACUCACGGAUGGAGUGUCACAAAUCCAUUAUGUUAAACAGAUUGUGCCUCUGCUGGAGAAAGUAGAUAAAAAUGGCGUGUGUGAUCCCACUAUUCAAAGUUGUUUGGAUAUUUUAGCAGGCAUUUAUCUUUCUUUGAGUCUAAAGAAUCCCUUGAAGAAAGUAUUGGCAAGCUCACUAAAUAGCCUACCUGAAUUUUUUCUACCUGAGGCUGUACACCGUUUUACUUCUCGUCUUCAGGAAGAAUUGAAUACUACUGACUUAUACUCCUAUAGGAAAGUAAUUGACAAUAUAUCUUCCUGUAUGGAGAACUUUAACUUGGGUAGAGCAGGUGUUAAUAAUCUGCUUAAAAAUGUGCUUCAUUUUCUGCAGAAGAGUUUAAUUGAAAUCGUGGAAGAAAAUAGAAAAUGUGCUGGAAAUCAUAUUAUUCAAACACAGUUGAUGAAUGACUUAUUGGUAGGCAUUAGAGUUUCAAUGACGUUAGUACAGAAAGUACAAGAUUUCCAGGGAAAUCUUUGGAAGGCUUCCAGUUCUCCCAUAUGGCAAAAUAUGUGUGGAUUGCUGAGUAUUUUUACCAAGUUUUUAAGCGAUGAUGAUCUAUUACAGACUGUACAGAGCACAUCUGGAUUAGCUAUUACUCUUUUUAUUAAGACUAUGUUUCACCCAUCUGAAAAGAUUCCUCAUUUGAUUAGCAGUGUGCUUCUUCGUUCUGUGGACUGCACCAGUGUCCCCGAGUGGUUUAUGAACAGCUGCAGAAGCCUCUGUUGUGGUAACGUCUCUGGGUCAGCUGUCUUAUUCCUAUGUCAGGGGACACUUGCCAUGUUGGACUGGCAGAAUGGGAGCAUGGGUCGGAGUGGGGAGGCCCUUCUCUUGGAUACUGCACAUGUUUUGUUCACCUUGAGUUCACAGAUUAAAGAGCCAACGCUGGAAAUGUUUCUGUCAAGAAUCAUGGCAUCCUGGACUAAUUCAGCCAUACAAGUCCUUGAAUCAAGUUCCCCCAGCCUAAGGGACAGCCUGAAUGGGAAUUCAAGUAUAGUUGGGAGACUUUUGGAAUAUGUCUAUACCCAUUGGGAACAUCCAUUGGAUGCUCUAAGACACCAAACCAAAAUCAUGUUCAAAAACCUUCUCCAAAUGCACCGGCUCACUGUGGAAGGUGCAGUUUUGGUCCCUGAUCCUUUCUUUGUGAAACUAACUGAGAGUCUUCUGCGAUUGGAAUGGCAUAUUAAAGGAAAGUACAUGUGCCUUGGUUGUUUGGUAGAGUGCAUAGGAAUUGAACAUAUUCUGGCUAUAGAUAAAACUAUUCCAUCUCAAAUCUUAGAGGUGAUGGGGGACCAGUCAUUGGUACCUUAUGCAAGUGACCUCUUGGAAACCAUGUUUAAAAAUCAUAAGAGUCAUUUGAAAUCCCAGACUGCUGAGAGUUCUUGGAUUGACCAGUGGCAUGAGACUUGGGUUUCUCCUCUCCUUUUUAUACUGUGUGAAGGAAACUUGGAUCAAAAAUCUUACGUGAUUGAUUAUUACUUGCCAAAAUUACUAAGUUACAGCCCUGAAAGCUUACAGUACAUGGUAAAGAUUCUUCAGACUUCUAUUGAUGCUAAAACUGGACAAGAGCAAUCUUUCCCAUCCUUAGGGUCUUGUAAUAGCAGGGGGGCUCUGGGAGCUUUGAUGGCAUGUCUGCGAAUAGCUAGAGCUCAUGGACAUCUUCAGUCUGCUACUGAUACCUGGGAGAACCUCGUGUCUGGUGCAAGAAUAAAGCAAGGCUUAAUUCAUCAGCAUUGUCAAGUAAGGAUAGAUACAUUAGGCUUGCUUUGUGAAAGUAAUCGAAGCACAGAAAUUGUUUCCAUGGAAGAAAUGCAGUGGAUUCAGUUCUUUAUUACAUACAAUCUUAACAGCCAGUCUCCAGGAGUGCGGCAACAGAUCUGUUCACUUCUUAAAAAGUUGUUUUGUAGAAUACAGGAAAGUUCUCAGGUACUUUAUAAAUUGGAGCAGAAUAAAUCCAAACAUGAACCAGAGAAGGAGUUAACCAAACAGCACCCUUCUGUUUCUUUACAGCAGUAUAAGAAUUUCAUGUCAUCCAUUUGUAACAGUCUUUUCGAAGCAUUGUUUCCUGGAUCUUCCUACUCAACUAGAUUUUCAGCUUUAACCAUUUUAGGCUCAAUAGCUGAAGUUUUUCAUGUCCCAGAAGGUAGAAUUUAUACAGUAUAUCAGCUGAAUCAUGAUAUUGAUGUUGGUCGUUUCCAAGCACUAAUGGAAUGUUUUACCAGCACUUUUGAAGAUGUGAAAACGUUAGCAUUUGAUCUUCUGAUGAAGUUAUCAAAAACAGCUGUACAUUUUCAGGAUUCAGAGAAACUGCAAGGCUUAUUUCAGGCAGCAUUGGCACUCAGCACAAGCACCAAACCAUACGACUGUGUGACAGCUUCCUACCUGCUGAACUUCUUAAUCUGGCAGGAUGCUCUACCGUCAUCCUUGUCUGCCUACUUAACUCAGCAAGUUGCACGUGGUGAUGGAGAUAGGCCAGCUUCUGUGGUGGAAAGGAACACAUUAAUGGUUAUCAAAUGCUUGAUGGAAAAUCUUGAGGAAGAAGUGUAUCAGGCUGAAAAUUCUCUGCUUCAGGCAGCAGCAUCAUUUCCAAUGUAUGGGCGUGUCCACUGUAUAACAGGAGCUUUGCAGAAGUUAUCUCUAAACAGCCUGCAGUUGGUGAGCGAGUGGAGACCUGUGGUAGAGAAGCUCCUUUUGAUGUCCUACAGGCUUUCCACUGUGGUAUCUCCAGUCAUUCAGAGCUCAUCCCCUGAAGGCCUCAUACCAAUGGACACUGAUUCGGAGUCAGCAAGCCGCUUACAGAUGAUUCUGAAUGAGAUUCAGCCUCGAGAUACUAAUGAUUAUUUUAACCAAGCCAAAAUAUUGAAAGAACAUGAUAGCUUUGAUAUGAAGGACUUGAAUGCCAGUGUGGUGAAUAUUGAUAUUUCUACAGAAAUCAAAGGUAAAGAAGUAAAAACAUGUGAUGUAACCGCGCAGAUGGUGCUGGUAUGUUGUUGGAGAAGUAUGAAGGAAGUUGCUUUACUUUUAGGCACGUUGUGCCAACUUCUGCCCAUGCAGCCUGUGCCAGAAUCUUCUGAUGGAUUAUUGACAGUGGAGCAGGUAAAAGAAAUAGGAGAUUACUUUAAACAACACCUUUUGCAGUCCAGGCACAGAGGAGCAUUUGAACUGGCUUAUACUGGUUUUGUGAAACUAACUGAAGUACUAAACAGGUGCCCAAAUGUGAGUCUGCAAAAGCUGCCGGAGCAGUGGCUAUGGAGUGUUUUAGAGGAAAUUAAAUGCAGUGAUCCUUCAUCUAAACUCUGUGCUACAAGGCGCAGUGCUGGAAUUCCUUUCUACAUACAGGCACUGUUGGCAUCUGAACCAAAGAAAGGCAAAAUGGAUUUGUUGAAAAUAACAAUGAAAGAGUUAAUCUCUUUGGCUGGGCCUACAGAUGACUUACAGAGCACAGUCCCCCAGGUUCAUGCUUUAAAUAUCCUUAGAGCGUUGUUCAGAGAUACACGCCUGGGAGAAAAUAUUAUUCCUUAUGUUGCUGAUGGAGCUAAGGCUGCAAUUCUGGGUUUUACAUCACCGGUCUGGGCAGUGCGAAAUUCAUCCACACUUCUCUUUAGUGCCUUGAUCACAAGAAUUUUUGGAGUUAAAAGGGCAAAGGAUGAACUUUCCAAAACAAAUAGAAUGACAGGGAGAGAGUUUUUCUCUCGUUUCCCAGAACUCUAUCCUUUUCUUCUCAAACAGUUGGAAACUGUAGCCAAUGCAGUAGACAGUGAUAUGGGAGAACCAAAUCGUCAUCCAAGCAUGUUUCUCUUACUUUUGGUGUUGGAGAGACUCUACCCUUCUCCGAUGGAUGGUACUUCUUCUGCUCUCAGCAUGGGACCUUUUGUUCCCUUCAUUAUGAGGUGUGGUCACUCACCUGUCUAUCACUCCCGUGAAAUGGCAGCUCGUGCGUUGGUCCCAUUUGUUAUGAUAGAUCACAUUCCUAAUACCAUUCGAACUCUGUUGGCCACACUCCCCAGCUGCACUGACCAGUGUUUCCGGCAAAACCGUAUUCAUGGGACACUUCUCCAGGUUUUUCAUUUGUUGCAAGCCUACUCAGACUCCAAACACAGAACGAAUUCAGACUUCCAGCACGAGCUGACUGACAUCACUGUUUGUACCAAAGCCAAACUCUGGCUGGCCAAGAGGCAAAAUCCAUGUUUGGUGACCAGAGCUGUAUAUAUUGAUAUUCUCUUCCUGUUGACUUGCUGCCUCAACAAAUCUGUAAAGGACAACCAGCCAGUUCUGGAGAGUCUUGGCCUCUGGGAGGAAGUCAGAGGGAUUAUCUCAGGAUCAGAGCUGAUAACAGGAUUCCCUUGUGCCUUCAAGGCGCCAGGCCUGCCCCAGUACCUCGAGAGCCUCACUAGACUAACCAUUGCUGCAGUGUGGGCUGCAGCAGCCAAGAGUGGAGAGCGGGAGAGGGAUGUCCCCAUCUCUUUCUCUCAGCUGUUAGAAUCUGCCUUCCCUGAAGUGCGCUCACUGACACUGGAAGCCCUCUUGGAAAAGUUCUUGUCAGCAGCCUCUGGACUUGGAGAGAAGGGUCUGCCACCCUUGCUGUGCAACAUGGAAGAGAAGUUCUUAUUGUUGGCCAUGAAGGAAAAUCACCCAGAAUGCUUCUGCAAGAUACUGAAAAUUCUCCACUGUAUGGACCCUGGUGAGUGGCUUCCCCAGACGGAGCACUGUGUCCAUCUGACCCCAAAGGAGUUCUUGAUCUGGACGAUGGAUGUUGCUUCCAAUGAAAGAUCUGAAAUUCAGAGUGUAGCUCUGAGACUUGCUUCCAAAGUCAUUUCUCACCACAUGCAGACAUGUGUGGAGAACAGGGAAUUAAUAGCUGCUGAGCUGAAGCAGUGGGUUCAGCUGGUCAUCUUGUCCUGUGAAGACCAUCUUCCUACAGAGUCGAGGCUGGCCGUCAUUGAAGUCCUCACCAGUACUGCACCACUUUUCCUCACCAACCCCCAUCCUAUUCUUGAGUUGCAGGAUACACUUGCUCUCUGGAAGUGUGUCCUUACCCUUCUGCAGAGUGAGGAGCAAGCUGUUAGAGAUGCAGCCACGGAAACUGUGACAACUGCCAUGUCACAAGAAAAUACCUGCCAGUCAACAGAGUUUGCCUUCUGCCAGGUGGAUGCCUCCAUCGCUCUGGCCCUGGCCCUGGCCGUCCUGUGUGAUCUGCUCCAGCAGUGGAACCAGCUGGCCUCUGGACUGCCCAUCCUGCUGAGAUGGCUGUUGGGAGACAGUGAUGACCUCGUGGUCUGUGUGGAGAGCCUGCAUCAGGUGGAAGAAGACUACCUGUUUGAAAAAGCAGAAGUCAACUUUUGGGCCGAGACCCUGAUCUUUGUGAAAUACCUCUGCAAGCACCUCUUCUGUCUCCUCUCCAAGUCUGGCUGGCGUCUUCCAAGCCCUGAGAUGCUCUGUCACCUUCAAAGGAUGGUGUCAGAGCAGUGCCGCCUCCUGUCUCAGCUCUUCAGAGAGCUUCCACCAGCUGCAGAAUUUGUGAAGACAGUGGAGUUCACAAGACUACGCAUUCAAGAGGAAAGGACUUUGGCUUGCUUGAAGCUGCUGGCCUUUUUGGAAGGAAAGGAAGGGGAAGACACCCUAGUUCUCAGUGUUUGGGACUCUUCUGCAGAAGCGAGGCAAUUAACUCUUCCAAGAACAGAAGCAGCAUGUUGAAGAAAAUUUGGGGGAUUGGAAUGGGGGUAUGUGUGGAUUUUUCCUCACAAAUCUGCAGGAAACAUGUUGAACAUAAAUUCAAAAAUGUUAUCCCAUU